UUGAAAACGAAAGUUCAACCGUUGUCUUCCUCUACGAAACUGGGCAAAAAUCCAGUAUUAGGAAAUAAGCUAAGCAGCGUGACCGUUCCUCCGCGUUGACUAUAAAUGUGAGAUUAAGCAGCAGAAGGGAGAAGAUCGUCCAGAGAAAGCAGAAUGAAGAGCCUGGUGUUUUUCCUGUUGCUGGCUGCGGCCCAUGCGAGGGUCUAUGACCGCUGCGAAUGGGCCAAAGUGCUGAAGAAAAAUGGGAUGGAUGGUUACCGUGGCAUCAGCCUGGCCAAUUGGGUUUGCCUGACCCAACACGAGUCCAAUUUUAACACCAACGCCAUCAACCGCAACACGGACGGAUCCACAGACUACGGAAUCUUCCAGAUCAACAGCCGCUGGUGGUGCAACAACGGUCAGGGCCAAACAUCCAACGCGUGCAACAUCCGGUGCAGCGAUCUUCUGUCUGAUAAUGUUGGUGUAGCAAUCAACUGUGCCAAACGGGUUGUGAGGGAUCCAAACGGCAUCGGAGCCUGGGUGGCCUGGCGUAACCACUGCAGGGGUCAGGACCUGAGCUCCUAUUUGGCUGGAUGUCGCCUCUAACCAAGAACCAUUCAAAGUGCACGUUACCUGAGUCCGAUUAUGGUUUUUGUGCUCCGUCGAGGUAGUUUUUGCUCAUUUUCGACAUUUAGGAGAAUCGGUCCUGAGAGAAAUAGGCUGAAACAAACUUUUAUGGCAAAUAAAGUGAUUUAAGAGAG